AUGAAGGCCACUCUCAUGCUCACCACCCUCUUCGGCGCUGCCGUCGCCAGCCCAGUUGCCAUCGCCAACGUUAAGGUCACCGAGGUCCAGGAGCGCGAUAUCGAGCCUCGCGUGUUGUCAAUCCUUACCAACCCCAUCCGUGUCUCUGCCUCCCUGAGCAUCCCCACCUCGACCCCCCUCCCCAGCCAAACCGCUCCUACAGGCGACCCCACGAGCCUUACCAUGGCGAUGAAGAACAUACUCCUCAAUGCCCAGAAUGCUAAUGCGGGUAUGGGUGGCGGCCUCAGCCUGCCUAACACUGAUGCUCUCUCCAACAAUCCUGUUGCUUCCAUCGCCAAUGGUUCCAUCACCAUCGACCAGCUCCGUACUCUAAUCAACAAUAUCGUGACUCAAGUCCUGGCUGCCAUCGGCCUCGGCCAAAACCUUUCCCCGGAUCUCAGCACAGAUCAGCUCAAGCAGGUGGCGACCAUCUUCGAUGUGAUCCAACAAGUCCUCACUGCCCUCAAGUCACUCCCCAAUCUCACCUCCCCUAACGGCGUCUCCGGCGCUGAUGUUCCAUUGAACCUGCAGCCCCUCCUUGAUGCUGUCUCCGGUAUUCUCAACAAUAUCGCUCAAUUACUUACCGGCGCCACCGGUGGCUUGUUGGACGGACUCCCCAAUUUCUUGAGCAGUCUCUUUGGCAACAAUGACAUGGACAAUGUCUUGAGCAGCCUCCCCACCGUUUAA